AUGUACGAUCCGUCCUCUAGUGCUAAUAUCAAUGAAGCAACAGUGGAACAUAUAUCACUAGAUUGGGUGGUGGAUUUUCAAAAUCGACGGAUAGCGGGGAGUGCAGUCCUUUCGCUAAGCAUCAUCAAACCAACUAACAAAAUCAUUUUGGAUAGUCGAUCACUGGAAAUUCAGGAUGCAAAGUUGGACGGUGAAACUGUGAAAUAUCAGAUUGAAAAUGCGGGCGUUUUGGGCGAGAAAAUUGUGGUUGACGAUCUGGAUUUUCUGAUUCUUCAUGAACAGAAAAAGGAGCUUACAUUCAUAUACCGCACAGGCAAGCAGUGUACAGCGCUUCAGUUCCUGGAAGCCGAGCAAACAGCCACAAAGAAAAGGCCCUAUUUGUUCAGUCAAUGUCAGGCUAUCCAUGCUCGCUCAAUAAUACCUUGCAUGGAUACACCAUCAGUCAAGCAGACCUAUGAUGCUGUGGUGGCAGUACCGAAUGAUCUGGUGUGUCUGAUGAGUGCGAUUGCUACAGGACAGCCACAGGAAGUUGGAGAAUUGAGGAAAUUCGCAUUCAAACAACCAGUCCGGAUUCCUUCGUACCUCGUGGCCAUUGUCGUGGGCCUAAUGGAGAAGCGUGAUUUAAGCGCACGAUCAUCGAUUUGGGCCGAGCCACCUGUUGUCGACAAAGCAUUUUAUGAAUUCGGCGAAACGGAAAAAAUGUUACGAGCUGCGGAAUCCUUAGCCGGCAAGUACGAGUGGGGAAGGUACGAUUUGGUAGUGCUUCCACCGUCGUUCCCGUUCGGUGGUAUGGAAAAUCCAUGUUUAACAUUC